AUGUCCAACAGCGACCUGGAAGCUGAUCCAGUAGCACCAUCCACCCAGGAGGGGCAGAGGGGAGAGAACUCUGCCAAUGUAGUUGUAGACUUAACCCUGUACGAGUUCAAGGAGCAGCUCCUGCUGCUAUCAACUCUGGUCUCAACGGUGACCUACGUCGCCGGGCUGAACCUGCCGGGGGGAUCCUGGGAGCAGGAUGACCCCGGGCGGCACAUCGCUGGUGAUCCGAUCCUGCCAGAUAUCCACUACAGCCGGUACCUCGCCUUCUACUACUGCAACGCCACCGCAUUCACUGCGUCCCUCGUUGUCUCCCUCAUCCUCGUUAUCCUGCAGAAGAAGAGCCAUGUUAUGACAUCGGUGCUGCGGGUGGUGAUGAUGCUCAACCUACUCAGCCUCAUGGGCUCCUACGGUGCCGGGAGCUGCCGGGAUGCGUUCACAACCAUCUACACGGUGGUAACCUUCUCCGUUUUGGUAUUCUGCAUCAUUUGUGUUUUCUUGUCCUACUCCUACCUCUGGCGCUAUGGUGGCAAUGAAGCCCACUCCAACUCCAACUCAAACCCUUACUCCAACCACGACUUCAUCCCUAACGUCAGGGAACAUAUCCUUUUCCCACAAGCCAAGUUGAAAGAUAAGGAGAAUAUCGAUGCGUUGAUAUUACUCGCCACCUUCGCAAUCACCAUUACUUACGUCUCCGGGCUGAGUCCACCUGGUGGAUUCUGGACCAGCACCCAGGACGGCCAUCAUCUGAGCGAGCCGGUGUUACAAGCAAGUGGUCGGUUCCGUGCCUUCUUCGUUUGCAACACCACCUCGUUUGUCGUGUCCCUGCUCAUCAUCGUGUUUCUCCUCGAGAAGAUGAUGCUCGGGGAGAAGCUCAAGAGGCCCAUCCAAAUGCGUCUUGCAGCGCCGUACGGGUUGAUCGCGGUCACUUUGCUGGGCCUCAUGGGGGCCUAUGCUGCUGGGAGCUGCAGAGCGGAUGGCAAUACUGUCCUAGUCCUCGCGAUUCCUGUCUGCACCUUGCUCCUGCUGGCGUUUGUUUCCCUUGUGUGGUAUUUCAACCUAAUAUAUCACACAAUAAACUGGUUGAAGGCGCGGUUCAAGGACUGGUUCGGCACUCCUAGUCAUCGAGGUACCCGCACAUACGCCAGCCAAUACUUAAAAAACACUUAUAGUCUUGAUACGCUCCUUGCUAUUCUUGUGGUGAGCAUCACUUACCAAGCAGGACUAGAUCCACCGGGGGGCAUCUGGCAAGAAGAUCGGGAUGGGCAUAAAAUGGGCCACCCGGUGCUGCAAACGACACAUCCUACUAGAUACAAAGUGUUCUUCUAUAGCAACUCAAUCGCUUUUGUCACAUCCCUGAUAGUCAUCCUGAUGAUCAAAAGGAAGUUUUCACUCAACCGGCGCAAACUUGAAGCAGCCCUGGUGUUGGACCUUUUCUGCCUCAUCAUGGCCUAUGGCGCCGGGAGCGCUAGGGAUGUGAAAACAUCCGUCUACAUGGUCGCCUUGGCAGGCCUCAUCCUAGUCUACAUCAUCGCGCAUAUAACCAUCAUAGAUCGUAAGCCAGAGCCGGCGAAUGAUUCUACAGUACGGGAUCUAGAAGAUGAGCGCAAGAUGCUGUUAUUGAUCGCUAUCUUGGCCACAACUCUCACAUACCAAGCUGGUCUCACUCCACCUGGUGGCUUUUGGUCAGCAAAUGACCAAGGGCUCGGUCGCCGUGCGGGUUUCUCAGUCGUCCGCGACAAUUACCCUCAGCGUUACAACACAUUCGUUUAUUGCAAUGCCGCAAGCUUCAUGGCGUCUGUAAGCCUCAUCCUUCUUCUCAUCAAUCCAAAUCUUUACAUGCCAGGUAUACGUUCUUAUGCGCUCUAUGUGUGCAUGCUGGUGGGCAUGUUUGGCCUCAUGGGUGCCUAUGCUACCGGAACCUCUCAGCAUCUCAAAACCUCCAUCCUUGUAUUAACCUUAGUUGUCCCAGUGUUAGCCUUCAUAGCCUUGUUGGUACCCCUUUUCUGGUUCUUCUCGAAAGUGAGUCAUGGCAGCAGCAGCAACACCACCACCACCAUCAGCACCAGCACCACCACCACCACCACCAACAACAACAACAACCAAGAGGAAGGUUCACUUGAAUACUUGAUCUUGCUAGGUAUCCUAGGUGCAAGUAUGACAUACCAGGCAGGCCUAAAACCACCAGGCGGCUUGUGGCAAGACAACAUUCACGGACACUAUGCUGGCAACCCCAUUCUCCAUGACAUCGACAAGCAUCGGUACAAUGCUUUCUUCUAUAGCAACUCCACUUCCAUCAUGGCCUCAGUUGUGGUGGUUGCCAUGCUACUUCCAUUGAAAAUUACAAGGAUGUUUUAUGGCCGCAAGCUGCCACUAUGGCCAGUGCAUACAAUCAUUCUCCUUGACAUGUUUUGCCUGCUUGUAGCCUACGCAACAGGCAGUACUAGGUAG